CAUCUGGAGUUCCGGUCCGGCGCCCAGUCGGUUCUGCGGCGCCCUCCAACAAACUCGAAAGCGUUGCCUAUCGAGCUCCUCGCCUCCUCCCUAGCUUCCACCUCGCCGCCUCGCCGGCGAAUCCCCGAGUUCGCUUAACCUCUGCCGGUCACGCUGCAAUGUCGACGGGCACUCCGCGAAAGGAUGUGCCCGGGGAGGGCGAAUCGGCGCAGGACGAAGUGCUCCAGCGACAGCAAGGACGGGAAGAAGCGGGGGAGCAUGAAGAGGAUGACGGCGUCGAGGAGGACGAGGCCCCUACGCACCUUCCGUUCGCACCCUCCUCCGAGCUGCUUGAUGAUGUGACAACAGUUGAUCCCAGCUACACUAUCUCUCUUAUACGGCAGCUACUGCCUCAGGGUUCAAAUGUGGAGAAAGAGUUCAGUGCUAAGCAAGCUGCCCCAGAAGAGGGUGUAAAAUCAGCACAACUUGGGACUAAGGAUCCUUGGGAAGAGUGUGGUUGCAUUCUGUGGGACCUUGCUGCUAGUAAACCUCAAGCAGAACUGAUGAUGAAAAAUCUUGUACUUGAAGUGCUGUUGGCAAACCUCCAUGUGACUCAAUCUCCUAGAGUGAAGGAAAUCUGUAUUGGAAUCAUGGGAAAUUUAGCCUGUCAUGAAUCUCUAGUUAAUGCAAUCAGCAUGCAAAAUGGUUUGAUUGCGACGGUUGUGGGUCAACUAUUCCUAGAUGACUCUGCUUGCCUUUCUGAAACAUUCAGGUUUUUAGCUGCUGUUCUUCGUAGCAGUGCAUCUGUUUCUUGGGCGGAAGCUCUUUUACCUGAUGAAAUUCUUUCACGUGUUCUGUGGAUAGUUGGAAACACACUGAAUUCUACAUUACUCGAGAAGAGCAUUGACUUUCUAUCAACUGUCAUUGAUAAUCAAGAUGUGACUGCCAUUCUUCUUCAGCCUUUGAUAAAAGUGGGAUUGGUUGACCAUGUUAUCAGUUUGUUAGCAAGUGAGAUCGAAAAAUUAUCAGAUGAGAGCAAAUUUGACAGGUCCGUCUCUCUUGAUUUGAUCCUUCAUUUCAUUGAAGAGUUAUCUGCAACAGACAGCUGUUUAGAAGUGAUGUCAUCAAGUGACAAGCUGAUUCAAGUACUUUAUAAGAUAAUUAAGUUACCUGAUAAAUUUGAGGUUUCAAGCUAUUGUGCUUCUGUGGUGAUCAUACUAGCAAAUAUUCUGGCAGAUGGAAAGCGUAUUGUGCCUAGUCUCUCUCACGAUUUACCCUUCUUGGAGGGACUCUUUGACAUUCUUCCACUGGUUUGUGAUGAUAACCAAGCUCGGAACGCUCUCUGGUGUAUCUUAGCACCUUUGCUGGCACAAGCACAAGGAAUUGAUAUGAACUCUUCAUCUCUCAACGACUUUGUAUCUCUUCUGUUAGGCAAGUUCACCCUCAUGAAAGAUGACCUUGAGAACCACAGAGUUGACAAAGAAGUGGAGAUGUCAGCUGAGGAUGCUUACGUGAAGCAUGGGGUAUCGGCAUCUCUCAGCGCGAUCUGCCGUAUCAUGGAGAGAUGGAUUGCUGAGAAGUCCUCCCGGAGCGAAGAAGAGGCUGCAUUGACUGAAAGUACCAUUGAAAAUGCUAGAAAGCUGCUAACCUACUGCCAGAAUUACGAUGCGUAACUUGCUUACUGCAACUCUAGUGGACAUUGCUGACCUGUGACUGUGACUCUGUAAGGUUGCAAUGCGCGGCUGCUUGAGCGUAGAAAGUCUUUUGAGGUUUAAUAUUAUUGUAAAGGGCAACGGUGGUAUAGAGUAAUCGGUUGCUAUAUAGCAUGUUUGUAACAUAUAUGCAUGUUUGUAACAUGUAUGUCAGUUUGCAUUGCUGUAGCUUGUAGAAGAGGAUAUAUUUUCGGCGGUUCCAAUCGAUGCUUAUGAUUUAGCUAA